GACUGAGGAAAACCGGAGUUCUGAUUGUGGGGUGCCUUCUUCUAGGGCUGGGCUGAAGCCUUGGAACUACGGCUGCCCCAACACCUGGGAUCAUGUCUGCUAACAAAGGCUGGUGGGUGCCACCCGAGGGCGAAGACCCCGUGUCUGAGAAGUUCCUGAGGAAAACCAGGGAGUCUCCACUGGUGCCUAUAGGUAUAGGAGGCUGCCUGCUGGUGGCUGCCUACAGGAUUUACCGGCUGAAGGCGCGGGGCUCCACCAAGCUGUCCAUACACCUGAUUCACACCCGGGUGGCAGCGCAGGCCUGUGCCGUGGGCGCCAUCAUGUUGGGUGCUGUGUACACGAUGUACAGAGACUCCACCAGGAGAGCAGCCCGGGAUGCCGGGGAGAAGUAGCACUCCUGGGCCCGCAGCACUCAGUCCCACUUACCCAC